AUGGGCGUCAAUCUCUCGACCAUCGAUCAAGCGGACUAUCCCCAAGGACCAUCGGCGACCCAACUCAAUGCUGGUUACACGCUGGGUGAGUGUUUCUUCUACACCUUGUGCACGACCGGCGGUCGAUGAUUCGCCGACGACUCGUCUUCCGGGCCGGAGUGCUCAUGUUUCCUUCCCUUGGCGAACUCGAAUAUGUCGGCCUAUUCGGAAUUCUCCUUCGCACAGGUCCACUGUUCGCGGGCUGGAUCACCAGCAUCUUUCUGAUGGGUAUCGUCGUCUCUUGGGGCGUGACCUACUUCACUCGGCAAACCAAAGAUCGGACAUGGGUACGCACCUUGGUCGGGAUCGCAAUCUUCGGGGAUAUCGUCACCGCCCUCUUCAACGCGGCUUCGAUAGUACGACAUGGCAAGAACCAAGAUCGAACCAACUACGCCAUCUCCCUUCUCGAAGCCCCCGAUGCGUUGGCCCUCCUAAGUGGGGGUUUAUGUGCCGUCGCGGCGCAGACUUUCUUCUCCGUGCGAGUUUAUCGCCUGCUCCCGAGUCGCUGAUAUCGAUAUCCGUUUGCCUUUCUCGCCGGGGGCCUGAUCUCCGCUUCUUUCGGAGGCGCAAUCGGGAUCACGACCGUCGAAUUCAUCAACCACGGUUCCACCGAUGAGACGCGUGGUGCCCGACCGGGGACGUACGGACUCCUCUUCACCCUGGCCGAGGUGUGGUUGUGGGCGAGCGUCGCCGUCGACGGCCUACUCUCGACCAUGCUCAUCAUUCGACUCGCGGCCAAUCGCAAAGAAAUUGGGCGGAGGAGCAGCAAAACGGAUCAAGCGACGGGAACGUCCUUGUUACUGCUCGACUUUAUGCGGCUCGCUUUCGAAUGUGCCGUUUUGACCAUGCUCUUUGCCACGGUCGGUGCCAUCCUAUUCGUCUCAACGACUGAAACCACUAAUCUCUCCUAUGCUUGUGAGUCGAGCAUCUACACGAUUGCCCAAGUGUUUACGACGGGCGGAUGAGGCUAAUUAUAACAUCUUGUUGAUCGUUGAAACAUCAGUCACCAACGCGUUGCCCGGUCUUUACACACUGUCGCUCCUCUGGGCCGUCAAUGCUACACAUCGUCUGCGACAAGAGAUGCAAGAUAUCGACCCUUCCGCAAUGGUACAGCUCGUAUGGAACCUCGCCGAGGACGACGAGAACCAAAUCUCGAGGGAGAGGAGGCUCGCCGAGCUCGCGCGAGGGGAAGGUCUGGCCGUUUCAUUGCGCCGAAGUGCGGCGCCUCGGAAAGCGGUCAAGCAGUUGGGGCACGAGGUUAAUCUUUUGAUGAUUGAUCGGAUGACGAUCAGUCAGGUCAGCGAUCGGAGGAGUCCUCGGCAACCUGAUCCGACGCUCGGGCUGGACGAUGACGACGACGAGCACCGCAAUCAUUUCGACGAGGUCACGGGGUCUACGGGGGAAAGGUCGGAGAUGAAGAUUCGGGCGUUGGAGGAGGAGGCAAGAAUAUAA